CACAACAUCAGUCGAGGAGGAUCUGACGGCGCUCGACGACGAUCGCAGUGACUAAACAUUGAAAUUAGUGUAUACAUAUUUUAUUACCGAUAGAACGUUAGUUAGAAUUAAUUGAUAACACGGGAACUCGUCAAUUGAUUAAAUUGAUCAGUGAUAUAAGACAGGAAUUGUGACAGUGGUAAUUUAUUGUUUCUUUUUAUUUUUGUUAUUUUAACUAAUUCAUCGGUCCGUGACCUGUUUGUUUUUCUUUCGUUUUAAAACGUGCAGAUUAGCCUUCAACAAUUCGUUGUCUCUACGCGGGAAUUCGAUUGAAGAAGGAACUGGAAUUCGUUCACCUUUUUUUUCUUUUCGUUUUUUUUACCUCGGAGAUAGCUGUCGCUAAUUGCGACUAAAAUAACAGCAGAGCUGGCGUGGGGUACGGCAGUGAUGGAGUUGCAAAGCUGGUUGCUCUAUCACCUCGUAGCGGCCAAUGACUGUAAUCAAGCUUGAGCAGCCACACGUUACACAUGACAUGUACCACGUCAAUUGAGUUCCUUUGGUUGAUUAAUUUAUCCUGAGUUUUAUCUGCACGCAUUUUUACGUUUUGAACGUUGAAUCGUCAUCUGUUUGGAUAAGUAAUAUCUCAUACGUUAUCGAGAGGAAGCCGCGGUCUACCAAUGUUUGAUGUGAUGCAGUCCGCAGCUACCGGAGGAGGAGGAUUUCCGGGUGGAAGUAGCGGCAGUAGAGCACGUGAUUUGGGACUUAGAGCGCAGAAAAAAAUUCUUGGACGUGUUAUUUCAACGGGGGCAGGACGAUCCUUGCUGAUAGACGAUGCGACAACUUCUUUACUCGACAAUCUUUACAGACUCGCCGAAAAAGCAGUGAAAAAAAAUCCUGGAUUAGACAAAAAACAGCCGGAAAAGGUUUUGAAAAAUAUCGUCAAAUUAUCGAUCAAGAUUGGCCUUUUGCAACGUAAUCAACAAUUGGGAGUCGCCGACGAGCCUAAAAUCGUUGAAAUAAGAUCGUCUCUGCGAGCCGCAGCGAUGGCGGUUGUUUCAUUUUACGAGUUAGAAUUUAGUUUCGAUAAAUUAUAUCUAACGAGAUCAUUGGAGAGGUGCAGAACUGUGAUACAAUCAUUGAUAGGUUCUCACCUAACGGAUAAAUCCCAAGAUCGUUGCCAUCAGGUUUUCGAUUUUGUGACUCAUCCGGAAUUUUUGGAAGCAGUUUUCGGUCAAAAUUCAGAACUCAGACCUACUCUAGGACUCCUAGUCAAUGACAUCAAUAAAGCUCUCGAUGCUGGCCAUCUCUGAUUUUAAGAUAAUCAUCAUUUUUAGUUAGUCCGUACGUUUUUUUUUUUUCAUUCAUUCAAAAAUAUUCCAAGAUUUAAAAAGCAUAGGUUUUUAGAAGAAAAUGAAAAAACAAAGACCAAAAAUAAUGAAAUAGAACCCUGUACAGAUUCCGUGAAAAAGUCAUUCAAAACUUUUACGUCGAAGAAUUGGAGGGAUUGUAUUCAAUGUUGCUCCAAAAAUUUGAAAAUUUGCUUAAAUUAUGCCCAUCACUUGAUAAUAAUUUAUAGCACAUAAUUAUUCAAGCAGUUAUUAUCACACUUAUUAUUUAAUUAACCAAAAAUUUUUAAACGCUAUAGUAUUUCUUUUUUUUUCAUUUUUUUUUUUUUAUAUACCUAUAAUGAUAGUAAAAAAAACUUGUACGCAAUAAAUAUUAAAUACUCCAUUUAAUAUAUUGAUACUACAAUUAUUAUAAUUAAUAUAACUAUCAUUAUCAAGUUACACCAUUAAUUUAUUAUUCAUUUUAUACCAUUGGUGAUAUUUACCUUAAUAUAUUCAUGAUUUUUUUUUGGCUGUUUUUUUCUUCACUUUUUCUUUUGAAUAAUGAAGCAAGUUUGAUCAACUCAUUUAUUAUAAUUACUUGAUAUGCGCAACGGUGCUGCGUUCGAGCAAUACCAAUUACAGAUAAACCAAAAAUAAAAUAAAAAAACGAAAACGAGAGAAAAGUUACAAGAACCAAGUAUUUCUCGGUGAAAAAUAAGAAUUUAAUUAUUUCUUUUAAUCCAAAAUGCAGUUCGGGUCUCUCCGAUGCGACAGACACUACGCAACCGUUGCUAGCAUUGAUCUUGAAGCUAUUAGCAAAAAUAUUUUUCGAAUCAUUUUUUUUUUCUUCCUC